UUAAGUAUUUAUACAUCUCUGGUAACCAUUUCUCGGGUUCCUUGAGGACUGAUUUUGGUAAGCUGCUACCAAACCUACAAGAGUUAAAUAUGGGAGGUAAUAGUCUCACAGGAGUCAUUCCAACAACACUUUCCAAUAUCUCGACCCUUCAAAAGUUAGGGAUCGAUGAUAACAAUCUGAUUGGCAGUAAUCCUCCAAGCUUUGGGAAAUUACGGAAUUUGCAACUGCUAUUAAUUCAAAGUAAUUCGUUAGGAAGUUACUCUGUUGGAGAUCUUGAAUUUAUGGUUGCUCUAACUAACUGCACAAAACUAGAGACCUUAGAGAUUGGUCACAAUAGGCUCGGGGGAGAAUUACCUACCGCCACUGCGAAUCUCUCCACGAACCUCUACCAUCUAGACCUUGGAAUAAAUUUCAUCUAUGGAAGCAUUCCUUAUGACAUUGGGAAUCUCAUAAGUUUACGAAGCCUUGGCUUGCAAGAAAAUAUGUUGACUGGUGCAUUUCCAACUUCUCUUAGUAAGCUUUUCAACUUGGAGGGAUUAAAUCUCAUGUCAAAUAAAUUUUCAGGAGAAUUACCAUCUUUCCUAGGCAACCUCACUCGGUUAGACAUUCUAUAUUUGGACAACAAUAAUUUUGAAGGAACUAUUCCUCUGAGUCUCAGUCACUGUACUUCUCUGCGGGAGUUAUACAUUAAUUCUAAUAAGUUGGUUGGGACUAUACCACGGGAAAUUAUGCAAAUCCAGUCCCUUGUUAAUCUAGACAUGUCAGGUAAUUUCUUGACCGGCUUUCUACCACUAGAUGUUGGACAACUUGAAUAUCUUGUUCAACUAUCAGUUGGACAUAAUAAAUUGUCUGGACAAAUCCCACAUGCCUUGGGAAAUUGUCUCUCGAUGGAAAUACUUUUGAUGCAAGGAAACUAUUUUGAUGGGACCAUUCCAGAUAUAAGAAGGUUAAAAGCUGUUAACAGAGUUGAUUUCUCGAACAAUAAUCUCUCUGGGAGUAUACCUGCAUAUCUUGCAAAUUUUUCCUCUUUAGAGUAUCUCAACUUAUCGGUCAACAACUUGGAGGGAAGUGUGCCAACAGAAGGAAUAUUUCAGAAUGCUACAACAGUUUCAGUAUUUGGAAACAAAAAUCUUUGUGGAGGCAUCAAGGAAUUAAAACUUAAUCCAUGCUUUACGGGAGGUCCACUUAUGGGAUCAAAGCAUUCCUCUCACUUAAAGAAGGUUGCGAUUGAAGUAAGCAUAGGCAUGGGUUUGCUUUUGCUGUUUUUCAUAGCUUUACUUUCUCUACGUUGGUUUAGAAAAACAAAGAAGAACCAGCAGAGUAAUAAUCCAUCUACUUCCACACUGGAUGUCUUUCAUGAGCAUAUAACUUAUGGAGAGAUCCGAAAUGCGACUGAUGGAUUCUCUUCGAGCAAUAUGGUUGGGUCAGGAAGUUUUGGUACUGUAUAUAAAGCCUUGCUCCCUGCAGAGAACAAGAUUGUUGCAGUGAAAGUUCUAAACAUGCAGAGACGUGGAGCAAUGAGAAGCUUUAUGUCAGAAUGUGAAUCCCUCAAGGACAUAAAGCAUCGUAAUCUUGUGAAACUAUUGACGGCUUGUUCAAGUAUUGAUUUCCAAGGAAACGAAUUUAGAGCUCUCAUUUAUGAGUUCAUGCCUAAUGGAAGCUUGGAUAAUUGGCUGCACACAGAAGAAGUCGAAGAGAUUCAUAGGCCUUCAAGAACAUUGACAUUUCUUGAAAGGCUCAACAUUGCCAUAGACGUGGCUUCUGUUUUGGACUAUCUUCAUUUCCAUUGUCAUGAACCUAUAGCUCAUUGCGAUCUUAAGCCAAGCAAUGUCCUUCUAGACGAUGAUCUUACAGCUCAUGUUAGCGACUUUGGUCUAUCCCAGCUUCUCCUAAAAUUCGACCAAGAGUCCUUCCUCAGCCAACUCAGCUCGACCGACGUCAGAGGAACCGUCGGCUAUGUUGCACCGGAGUAUGGAAUGGGAGGACAACCAUCAACACAUGGUGAUGUUUAUAGCUUUGGGGUUCUCCUUUUGGAAAUGUUCACUGGAAAACGACCAACCAGUGAAUUCUUUGAAGGAAACUUUACUCUCUACAGUUAUACCAAGUUGGCGUUGGCGGAAAGAGUACUGGACAUUGCAGACAAAUCAAUUCUUCACAGCGGUCUAAGAGUCGGUUUUCCUAUUGUUGCGUGCUUGACAUUGGUUUUGGAGGUGGGACUAAGGUGCUGUGAAGAAUCUCCAGCGAACCGGUUGGCAACUAAUGAAGCCGCAAAGGAGUUAAUAUCCAUCAGAGAGAGGUUCUUUAAAGCCAGAAGAACAGCUAGACGUUGAACUGUUACUCGUUUUCCUUCACAAACUUUCAAACCUAGCUACCUAAAGGCUUAUUCUGAAGCCUCAAAAAAAAUAAUCGUUUUCAUAAUGUGUGGUUUUCCUCUUUAUAUAUGUACCGUAGUGCUUGUCUGCUUGCGGAGUGUUUUCAAUGAAAGAUUGUGUUAUUUGCAUACAAAAGAUGAAUGAUAUGUUGUAAGAUAUGUUGUAAGAAUAGUAACUAAUAAAGAGAAGAAGAAGAAGAAAAAUCAAAUUGUCCUUCUA